CUGUUCCACGCAUCACAAUUAGACACAAACCGACGCUAUAUGGUUGAUCCGGAGCAAUCAGAAGAGCACACCUUUUAAUACCUUAAAAGUGUUGACUUGAGGUGACAGACUUGGCAUUGCAUAGCGUGAGCUUGCACAAAAGGAGCGACAUCCGCUUUUUAUAUUUGGGUCGACGGGUAUUAGAUGGCAGCUCCCAGGGCAGGAGGUCGUAGCAUACAGUUGCUGCUGGGGCGUGCUUUCGGCGUCAACGAGCCAUGCCGAAUUGCUCCGUGGCUGGCAUCGUCGAGUGACGAACCCAGCACAAGCACAAACGUCAGCAGCAGUAGGGAAAGUAACGGAGCUCCAUCUGGAAGUCCACCCUUGCUUUCCGCUGGUGUUGCAUCUCGUGGUACUGGAUGCUUGCCUACGCUGCGAUCAAAAUGCGUACCGGUACUCUCCAGCAGCUUAUGCGCCUCACAGAAACGGCUAAUGUCAUGGCGACGAUACGUGCCAACGUUCGGCGACUUCCAAAAUGGAGCCCAGGAUCCCUACCGCCAGGUUACCAACCUCUUUUUAGCGCUUAACAUCGCGACGUUCAUCCUUGCAAAGUAUGACCGUGGGAUCGUGGUCAACAUGGCUGCCAUUCCGUACUCCAUCGCCAAGGGAGAGUACUACCGACUGCUCACCAGCGGCUUCCUGCACACCGACUUUAUCCACCUACUGACCAACAUGCUUACCCUGCACUGGCUGGGUCCCGAACUCGAGUCCGCAUGCGGCCGCAGCCGAUUCGCCGCCAUCUUCGUUGUCAGCAUCAUCAGCGGCGGCUGGCUGCAGUACACGAUGGGCCCGUUCGCGUCGGUGGCGUGGGGGGCUUCGGGCGGCAUCUACGGCCUGUUCGCUGCCUACCUGGUAUACCGGCUGCGCAAUCGCAACUUCAUCAGCUGGGAGGCGCACGACAUGCAGUGGCUAGCACAGGUGGUGGGUCUCAACGUGCUGCUGGCCUUCAUGGCGGGGGGCUCCCUGGCGCACUGGUGCCACCUGGGUGGCGCGCUGGGCGGUGCCGCGGUGUGCUGGCUGGCGGGUCCGCGGUACCGCUGGCAGGGGGGCCGGCUGGUAGACAGCCCGCUGCUGCCCUGGUUCGCACCGCGGAGGUGAUCGGGAGGCAGGAGAGAGGUGGUGAUUGUAAAGACGAGGUAGUAAAGAGGUGAUUGGUGAUGGGAGGUGGUCAGGGGGUAUCAGGUGGCAAGGAUUGGGGUGACGAGUUGAGGCAUGGGGAAGCUGUUUCUCUGGCCCGGAAGUGGGCCCGGAAAGCGGGGAAGGACCACCGUGUGAGGAGGAGGGUAAGAGGGGCCGGGGCUGCUGUCUGCUGCCCUGACAGGAUAGCACCGGAUAGGAACACCGCAGAAGAGGUGACAUAUCGUGACAAACGUGAUGUACCGGGUCCUAUGAUGGCGGUGACCGGGUGUUGUAUUCUUAUGUAGGGAGGCACUGCGAUACUGCCUGGUGUGCAUUGGCAACGUGCGUGCCGAGAGGCCGAAGAAGCGGGGUAAAGAGGAAACAACUACCGUAACUGAACGUGUGAUAAGGCAGGUUUGCAACAUGUACGGAAGAGCCGGGGAGGAAGCUGGGGUACUGAAGAGGUUCAUGGGAGGAGGAGCAGGAGCGGAGGCAUGGCUCCCAUGACUCCCAGCCGGAACGGAUGGGGCAGUACAACAAGUAUGCAC